AUGUAUGCUGCAACAAGUACCUAUCUCUCUCAACUUAUCGAUAUACCAAAACUUAAAGGAAUAAUUUUCGCAGAAUUUGAUGCAGACAAAGGUCCAGUAAUCAGAGUACAGGUGCCCGAUGUUUUAUUUGAUGCAAAACGAUUUGUACAAAGUGAUUCGUAUGCUCGUGGACGAUAUAUAUUCAAUUUAUGUUUUGUGGUCGAUAAAAACAGCCAAAUUGACUGCAUAUAUGAACCAAUGGUGCAAAAAUGCGCGGCUUAUCUAACACAGAUGGAAAAGGAUUCGGGAUUUUUAUCGCAAUCACAGGAUCAAUUACCGCCCAUAUUGCUGAAAAUAUUUGAAGGUCUAAACGAACAUGGAGAAUGCAAGGUCCCUGUAACUGACCAAACGAUCAUUUAUCUCAAACUUUGUUCUUCCUUUCACGGUAUCGAGCCACCUAAGGUGGAACCAUACAUGGUGCCAAUGUUCACGCGAAUUCCUCCACCGAACACCCCAGAUCAUCUCCCGAAAAUGGAUAUACUUUCACAGAAAAAUAUCAUGGCAUAA